CCGGGAACCUGCUCUCAUCAGCCCCUCAGGACUGAUGGAGCAACCUGGACUGAGCGCAGGGCGGGUUGUUAGCACACCCAAUGAAAUGCAAGACCAUAAACCGUCAGGGCAGGCAGGUUCUGGUACCAGCCCUGCACCGUUAGCAAGUAUUAGACGACCAAGGCCAACUGCUUUGGGAACCAAAGCGACUAUGAGGCCAACCAGAGUCUCGGAGCGUCUCCCGAAGGACAGGGAUUCACUUCCGGUUUGUAUCCCAGGACCUCAGAGUACCAACGCCCUGCCGCUCUCCCCCACAGAGUCCGCUAUCUCUCCCCACAGCCCUCAGCCUCUCAUCAGUCCACCCUACCUGAGCCCCCAGCCUCCCCUCCCACCCUCUCAGUCCAGACCUAUCUCACCUUCUAGUCUCAGCCCCAAACCCAACCGCAGUCCUCACCAACAAACGACCACUUCCCCUGGGGACACGACAGAGAACCAGACAGAGUCGGACAAGACGAGAGGAGAAACAAAUGACUUCAGGGUCUAUAUAGUAACAUGGAACGUGGGAUCAGCUGUUCCUCCGGAUGACAUCACCUCUCUCUUCGGACCAAAUGUUUCUGAUGGUACCACAGACAUGUUUAUUGUAGGGCUACAGGAAGUUAACUCGAUGAUAAACAAGCGACUGAAAGAUGCUUUGUUUACCGACCAGUGGAGUGAGCUCUGCAUGGACACACUCAGUCGCUAUGGAUACGUGUUGGUGGCGUCCCAGAGAAUGCAGGGAGUGCUGCUGCUGGUGUUCUCCAGGUUCUGUCACCUUCCCUUCCUGAGAGGUGUGCAGACAGAGAGCACACGUACAGGACUGGGGGGGUAUUGGGGUAACAAAGGGGGCGUCAGCGCCAGGAUGACGAUGUUUGGACACCCGGUGUGUUUCCUCAACUGUCACCUCCCGGCCCACAUGAGGAACCUCGAGCAGCGCAUGGAGGACUUUGAGAGCAUUCUGCAGCAACAGCAGUUUGAAGGGGGCACCGCCACUGGUGUGCUAGACCACGAUGUGGUGUUCUGGUUUGGGGAUCUGAAUUUCCGCAUUGAAGACUAUGACAUCCACGUGGUGAAGUGCGCCAUUGAUAGCAAUAAACUGCCUCUGCUGUGGGAAAGGGACCAGCUCAAUAUGGCUAAAAACACCGAAUCCAUCUUGGAGGGCUUCAUGGAGGGCACUCUGAAAUUUCCCCCAACUUAUAAAUUUGAUGUGGGAACUCAUACAUACGACACUAGCGCUAAGAAACGCAAGCCUGCCUGGACAGAUCGCAUACUCUGGCGCCUUCGUCGCACUGGCUCCCCCGUCCCUACCCACAAUGCAGCACUGCAGCGCGGUCUUACCUCGUGGCUGGGUGGGGCAACGAAAGUGACGCAGCACGUGUACCGUAGUCACAUGGGCUACACAAUCAGCGACCAUAAACCUGUUUCUGCCUUGUUUUCAUUACAUUUCCCUUUCAAGGUGGAUCUUCCCUUGGUGGAACUGCAAGCAAGCAAAGAAUGGAGCAAGAUGUCUGACGCAACAGUCAGAUUCACUGUAGCGUCAACCUACCAGCGAAGCUCCUUGGACUGGGUCGCGAUAUAUAAGACUGGAUUCAAGCAUCACAAGGACUACGUAGCACAUGUACUGGCCAAGGGGGAGUAUGUGACACAGGUGACGUUUACAGAGGAGGACUUGCCGAGGGAUGAUGGGGAAUACAUCCUGGGUUACUACAGUAACAAUAUGAACAGUAUCGUCGGUGUGUCACAGCCCAUCCAGAUCCAGAUGCCAGCCCAUAGCCCCACCGUGUGCCGCUCUGACAGCUCUGAUGUCAGUUCAGAAGAUGACAGCACACUGGUUCUGCUGGCCCCAUGCUCCCGAAGCCCCAGUCCCAAAACAGGAAAACACCACCAUCGCAACCUACGUAGUCGCAGUCCUGCUGUCCCUGCUCUUUCCUCCAAUCCAUUACCUUCUUUGCAAGGCCUCAGUCUCUGCCCUCGUCCCAAAGAAGGCCAGACACAUAGCCGCUCACCCUGCUCCGCUGCCAAGAAAGAGCGACUGGUCUCCCCCGACACGCUGCCGUCUCCCUCCAUCAGCCCUCUCAGCCCACGAAGCCCCGUGUCGCCAGGCAGUGGGGUUACUGCCCCAGAGGCCCUGAUCGCUGCCAUCCUGGGUGAACAUAGACCAGCUCAAGUCAGCCCUACAGGGGGCAGACAAACUGGGAAGGCUGGGGAACCAAUUUUAUGAGGGCUAUACCAAUGGUGAUAACUAAUUAUUGAGUAGAAAGGGGCGUCCGGGUAGUGUAGUGGUCUAUUCCAUUGCCUACCAACACGGGGAUCGCCGGUUCGAAUUCUUGUGUUACCUCCGGCUUGGUCGGGCGUCCCCUACAGACACAAUUGGCCGUGUCUGUGGGUGGGAAGCCGGAAGUGGGUAUGCGUCCUUGUCGCUGCACUAGCGCCUCCUCUGGUCGGUCGGGGUGCCUUUUCGGG